GCUCAAAUUUGACGGAAUAAUUAACUAUCCGAGCGCUGCCCUAAUGGCUCCUCCAGUCGCCGUUCAAAAUGGCUAGCCCUGUCGCCCUCUUCCCCGUCCGCUACUUCCGCUUCUCUUUCACGUUCUCUUCCAGCUCUAGGAGUAGGAUAUCGGUUAGGUGUUCAGCCACGAUGGCGACCACCAGCACCACCAUCACUCCAGCGAUCAUAGUUGGCGGCGGGAGGGUUGGUAGGGCUCUGCAGGGAAUGGGAGACGGCCGUGAUGUCCUCAUCGGUCGUGGACAGCAGGUUCCCUUUGACUUCGACGGUCCCAUCUUCGUCUGCACUCGGAACGACGAUCUCGACGCCGUUCUGGAGGCCACUCCUUCCUCUCGAUGGAGCGAUUUGGUGUUUUUCCAGAAUGGAAUGCUUGAUCCUUGGUUUGAGAGUAGAGGGCUCGGAGAUGCGAAUCAAGUUCUUGCUUAUUUUGCGGUGUCCAAGCUUGGGGAGCCUCCUUUGGAUGGCAAGACUGAUACGAAUCCUGAAGGGUUGACUGCAGCGUUUGGGAAAUGGGCUUCUGCGGUGGCAGCACGGUUGCAUAGCGGUGGUCUCUCGUGCAAGGUCCUCCAAAGAGAAGCUUUCCAAAAACAAAUGUUGGAGAAGUUGAUAUGGAUUUCAGCAUUUAUGCUUGUUGGAGCGCGUCAUCAGGGAGCUACUGUUGGCGUUGUGGAGAAGGAUUAUCGAUCUGAGAUUUUGUAUUCUCAGGUCACAAGCCUCAUUGCAGAACUGGAAUCUGCUGCUGCAGCUGAGAGGCAAUUAACAUUUGACUAUGGCUUGGAGGAGAGGCUAUGUGCUUACUCCAGGGCUGUUGCACACUUCCCCACUGCUGUGAAAGAGUUUAAGUGGAGAAAUGGGUGGUUUUAUUCACUGACUGAGAAGGCAAUUGCUCUAGGAAAAAAUGACCCUUGCCCACUCCACACAGCUUGGCUUAAAGAGAUUAAGAUCAUAUAAAUUUCUUCCUCUCCAUCGCAGCAAACUGGUAUGAAGUUACUCUUUCGAAUUAAUGGUACUUAUUUUGGAACAAGGAAUUAACUUCUGUAAAAAAUUGAAAAAACUGAAAUUCUGGGGAAGGGUCGUCUAAUUGCCACAAAUAUGUUUAAGGUUUCGUUUGGGAUGAUUUUUUUACUGUUUUUUAAAGCAGGUUUUUUAGUACAAAAUUUUAAAUUUUUUUUUUUUUUUACUAAAAAGCUGCUUUAA